UGGUGAACAACACUGCCAGGCUCUGCGAGCGCGUGGAGCUAACAGUUGACAGGAGUCAAGACUGAGAGCAACAAUGUGGAUAGCUGUGGCGUUAGUUUGUGUGGCUUUGCUUGCUUUGGUACUUAAAUAUGUCUUCACAGCUCCUGGACUCAAUCCCUUUGCGGAGGACAGCCGUGAAGCCCCCAAACCAAUGGUCCUCAACCGAAAAGAGAAGAACAAAGUGCUGAAACAAGGCUUCCUGACCAGUAAAGUACCCGAGAACUUGGAUGCCGUGGUGGUCGGCAGUGGGAUCGGCGGGCUGGCACUCGCUGCACUGCUGGCCAAAGUGGGAAAGAAAGUCCUGGUCCUGGAGCAGCACGAUCGGGCCGGAGGAUGCUGCCACACGUUCACAGAGAAGGGUUUUGAGUUUGACGUUGGAAUUCACUACAUCGGCGAAAUGCAGAGCCACAAGCCGUUCCGCUGCGUCGUGGACCAGAUCACCAACGGGCAGCUGCAGUGGGACCUGUUGGACAAUCCCUUUGACCACGUCGUGAUCGGACCUCCUGAAAACCGCCGCCGCUAUCCCAUCUACUUCGGCAGCACCCGCUUCCCCGCCGAACUGAAGAAGUGCUUCCCUGGCGAGGAGAAGGCCAUCGACGAGUACAUGAGGCUGGUCAGGACAACAGCACGCGGCGUCUGGCACAUGGUGCUGCUGAAGCUUUUCCCCGCCCCCUUGGCCAAGUUACUGGUCCACAGCGGUUUGCUGAAAACUCUGUCACCCUUCUACAAAAUGGCGCCCCGCAGCCUGACCGAGGUCGUCAAUGAAUUGACGGAGAACAAGGACCUCAGGGCCAUCUUCUCCUACAGCUAUGGCACCUACGGCAGCGUCCCCAAAGACACCAGUUUCAGCACGCACAGUUUGCUGGUCAGUCACUACCUGAGCGGCGCCUGGUACCCGAAAGGCGGAGCCAGUGAGAUUGCCUACCACAUCAUCCCCGUCAUUGAGAAGGCAGGGGGCGCCGUCCUGGUCCGUGCGCCAGUCAAUCGCAUCCUGUUCAACGACGCCAAGGAAGCUUGCGGUGUAAGUGUUAUGAAGGGCCAGGAGGAAAUACAUAUCCACGCCCCCAUGGUCAUCUCCAAUGCUGGCAUCUUCAACACCUACCAGAAUCUGCUGCCAAAGGAGCUCCAGGCCACCCCGGCUAUCCAGAGGCAGCUGAGCAUGAUCAAGAACGGCGAGGGCGGCCUCAGCAUCUUUCUGGGACUGAACGGCAGCAAUGAGGAGUUGGGUCUGAAAGCUGACAACUACUGGAUCUUUCCCGAAAACAAUUUAGACGAACUGUUUGAAAAGUACCAGGACGGAGACAGAGAGGACGCUUGCAGAAGGUUACCCGUCUUGUUUGUCGCCUCUCCGUCUGCGAAAGAUUCCACUUGGGAGGAGAGGUCCCCAGGCAAGUCCACUCUGAGUCUGGUCAGCUUUGCCAAAUACAAGUGGUUUGAGGAGUGGAAGGACGACAAAGUGACCAACAGGGCGUCCGAGUACAAGGAGCUGAAGGAGGCCUUCAUCGAGGCCGCCCUGCAGGUGGUCCUGCAAGUCUUCCCCAAAGUCACCAGAGACAAGAUUGAAUAUAUCGACGCCGGGACCCCGGUCACCAACACGCACUACAUCGCAUCACCGAAAGGCGAGCUCUAUGGAGUGGACCACGGCUUGCAGCGCUUCAGCCCGGAGCUCAACAUCAUGAUGAAACCUCAGACGCCGCUGAAGAACCUCUACCUGACAGGUCAGGAUGUGUUCAUGUGCGGCUUCGCGGGUGCCCUGAACGGCGCUGUAAUCUGCGCCUCGACCAUUCUCAAGCGCAUGCUGCACCUAGACGCCCAGGCGCUGGCCAAGAGGAUCAAUUGUGUAGACGCCAAACUGAAAGACGAGUAACUGGGGCAGAAUAGUAGUGGCUUCGCUUUUGGCUGACUCCAUUUAUCAACAAAAAAGUGCUUUAAGUGUGGAGACUUGUGUAGGGCUAUGUAAGCUUUGAGUGAGUUAUAGGGUUAUGAUAACAUAUGUAUUGUGUAGGUCAAAUUUUUGUUACUAUGCAUCAUGUUAUGUACUCUGUUAACUCUAACUUAUUUUGCAGUUUCUUGCACCAUAUAACUACCUGUUAGCUAACACACUUUAUAUUAAAAAACCAUUGUGCCACCAAUAAAUCUGAUCAAUAUUUA